AUGCGCCCCAUCACUAGAUCCGCCAAGAUGGACAUUCAACCCGACAUGCCCGAGUGCUGGGGUCAUCGCGGCGCCUCCGCUACUUUCCCCGAAAACACCAUCGCCAGCUUCGAAAAGGCCAUUGCAGACGGCUCCGAAGGUCUCGAGACUGACGUACACAUCACCACCGACAACGUCAUCGUCAUGUUCCACGACCCCACAUUAGAACGGACCACCGACGGCAAGGGUCUCAUCUACGAGCGCCCUUACUUCGGCGACGACGGCAUCGAGCACGUUCGAACGCUCAAGCAGCCCGCACAGCAGAUCCCCACCUUCCCGCAGGUGUGCGACCUGCUCAUGCGUCCGGAGAACAAGCACGUCAAGCUCAACCUGGAUAUCAAGCCGGACAACAACCCGGACCGUCUCUUCCCGCUCAUGCGCAAAGUCAUCGAGUCGUAUCCCAACUUCGAGACCGACCUCGCCCCGCGUCUCAUCCUCGGCCUGUGGCAUCCCAAGUUCCUCGAGUCGGCGCUCGUCAACGUACCCGCCAUGAAGCGCAUCCACAUUGGCGCUUCGCCGCGUGCUGCGCGCAAGUACUUCUGGAACGACUGCACCGGGUUCUCGAUGUACUUUGCCUGCUUGGUCGGCGCUGACGGCCAGCAGUUUAUCGCCGAAGCGCAACAGGCCGGCAAGGAUAUCUAUGUUUGGACCGUCAAUCGCAAGGACGAGAUGAUCGAAGCGACAAGAUGGGGCGUCAAGGCCGUGCUCACCGACAAGACGGCGCUGUUCCAGGACCUCCGCAAGAACAUGAAGACCGACUUUGCCACCACACGUCAAGACGAAGUGGGCAUGUUCUUCCGUUGGGCUACGUGGAGGUACUAUGCACUGCCGCAAUUCGUGUUGCAGACCAACUGGCUGGCCAACAUCGAAAGGCGCGCCGGCUCGCCGUUCCGCGAAGUGAAUGCUCGCGUCGCAGCACAAGCGGCUGCCUCGCUGCCAGCCACUUCUAUCGCCGCCUCGAGUGCAUCCGAAAAGACUGGUCUCGGUCCAGCCCUCGAGCAGCCCGCUUUCGCCAUCAACGCCGCUGCAUGA